UUUUCUCUCUUUCUCUCCCAUCGUUUCACUCUGCAAUGGCACUUCUUCAUUCUCAACCUCAAUGUGUUCUCCUACCACCACUCUUUGCUCUCCUUUUCCUUGUUUUUCUUCGACAACACAUAGCUUCUUCAGCUUUGCUACUAAGCUUGAAACAUCACCACAAUUUCCUCCACCAUCAGAGACCAAUGAUCCAUGCCAACCAAACCAACUGUGCCUUGUUUGUGGGAACUUGGGUCCUUGAUGACACAUACCCUCUUUACCAAUCCUCUAACUGCCCCAUCAUAGAUCCACAGUUCAACUGCAAAAUGUUUGGUCGCCCUGAUUCUGAUUACCUUAAAUAUAGAUGGAGACCCCUCAACUGUGAGCUCCCAAGGUUCAAUGGAGUUGAGUUUCUGAUGCAAAUGAAAGGCAAGACUUUGAUGUUUGUGGGUGAUUCACUGGGGCGUAACCAAUGGGAGUCAUUGAUUUGUAUGAUAUAUGCUCAAGUUCCUCAGACACAAACACAAAUGGUCAGAGGAAUGCCACUCUCCACCUUCAGAUUCUUGGACUACGGUGUGACCAUUUCAUUUUACAAGGCUCCUUAUUUGGUAGAGGUUGAUGUGGUCCAAGGGAAGAGAAUUUUGAGGCUGGAAGUGGUAGAUGGGAAUGGUGACGCAUGGAGGAGUGCCGAUGUGCUUUCUUUCAACACUGGACAUUGGUGGAGUCAUCAAGGAUCUCUUCAAGGGUGGGAUUACGUAGAAUUAGGAGGCAAAUACUACCCAGAUAUGGAUCGUUUAGCAGCUUUGGAAAGGGGUCUGAAAACAUGGGCUAAUUGGGUGGAGUCCAAUAUUGAUAGAAGCAGAACCAAAGUUUUCUUCCUGGGAAUUUCUCCUACACACGAGAAUCCAAAUGAAUGGAAUUCUGGAGUGACAACAAUGACUACGAAGAAUUGCUAUGGUGAAACUGCACCAAUAAGUGGCACUGGCACAGCAUACCCUGGUGCAUUCCCUGAGCAAAUGAGGGUUGCGGAUAUGGUGAUAAGAGAAAUGAACAACCCUGCAUAUCUUCUUGACAUCACAAUGCUAUCAGCAUAUAGGAAGGAUGCACAUCCUUCCAUUUAUAGUGGUGAUUUGAGUCCUGAACAAAGAGCUAACCCUGAUCACUCUGAUUGCAGCCAUUGGUGCCUUCCUGGAUUGCCAGAUACUUGGAAUGAACUAUUCUAUACUGCUUUAUUCUACUAAUUUUGUGUUUUAUUAGCUAAGUAAAGUAGCACAC